UUCCAUCCAUGCGGCCCGACGGGGCGGCGGCCCCACCGACGGCACCCAUGCCCCGCCGCCCGCCCGCGCCCCGCUAGCACGGCGGCCUGAAGGGCGGCACACAGAGGGAAGCGAAGGGGGCCGACAAUGGCGGCGGCCGCAGCCAGCCCGGGCAGCCCCGCGCCCGCCGGGCCCCUGUCGCCGCCGGAGCCGUGCCCCAGGAAGGGACCGCCAACAACGCGCGGCGACCCCCGGCGGAGACAGGCCGCGCUCUCCUUCCUCACCAGCAUCUCCCUCGACGGCCGGCCCCCGCCGCCGGGCGCCGACGGCCCCGCUACAGCCGCCUCCAGGCCCCGCCAGGCCCCGCCGCCGCGGCUCGGCAGCCCCCCGGCAGCGCCCAGCGACCCGCCCCGGCCCCGCGAGGAGGAGGAGGACGAGGAGGAAGACGCCUUCGCCGCCGUGCAGGUGCCGGCCGCCGCCUUCCUGGGCGCCGCGGGGCCGGCGGGGAGUCGCGGCCGCCUCAACUCCUUCACGGCCGGGGUGCUGCCCGCCGCCUUCGGCCGUGCCAGCCCGCAGGGCCCCGGCGGAUGCGACCUGGGGCAGCCGGGCCCCGCCGCUGCCUUCGAGCUGCAGCGAUCGCGACGUCGGCUGAUCUCCCAACGAUCUUCUCUGGAGACCUUGGAGGACAUAGAGGAAAAUGCCCCACUACGCAGAUGUCGGACUCUCUCAGGAUCACCCAGACCAAAGAACUUUAAGAAGGUUCAUUUUAUCAAGAACAUGCGGCAGCACGACACCAGAAAUGGCAGAAUAGUCCUUAUCAGCAGCAGAAGAUCCUUCUGCAGCAUAUUUUCAGUGCUGCCAUAUCGAGACUGUACCCAAGUCGGGGACAUGAAGUUGGAUGGUGGACGCCAAUGCCAUUCUUCUGGAGUGUGUCUGAAAGAGAUCAUUGGUCUUGAAGGUGUGGAGCUCGGAGCAGACGGGAAGACUGUUUCGUAUACACAGUUCCUGUUUCCAACCAAUGCUCUAGGAACUCGGAGGAACACGAUAGACUCCACAUCAUCCUUCUCUCAGUUUCGCAAUGCAAGCCAUCGUAGCCUUUCUUUGGCAAGAGCUAACAGCACCCAGGGGAGCAUCGAUGCAGGCAGUGACCUGGGAGACUAUGUUGAAUAUGACCCAAAUCUUUUAGAUGAUCCCCAGUGGCCAUGUGGCAAACAUAAGCGGGUUUUAAUAUUUCCUUCAUAUAUGACCACAGUCAUAGACUAUGUGAAGCCAUCAGAUCUCAAAAAGGACAUGAAUGAGACGUUUAAGGAGAAGUUCCCUCACAUCAAGUUAACCCUCAGUAAAAUAAGAAGCUUGAAGAGAGAGAUGCGCAAGCUUGCUCAAGAAGAAUGUGGUUUUGAAGAGCCCACAGUAGCCAUGGCCUUUGUCUACUUUGAGAAGCUCGCUCUCAAGGGGAAGCUGAACAAGCAGAAUAGAAAGCUUUGUGCUGGAGCCUGUGUCCUUUUAGCAGCCAAAAUUGGCAGUGACCUCAGAAAACACGAAGUCAAGCAUCUUAUAGAUAAACUGGAAGAGAAGUUCCGGCUGAACAGGCGAGAGCUGAUUGCCUUUGAAUUCCCGGUGCUGGUGGCCUUGGAGUUUGCUCUCCACCUUCCCGAGCACGAAGUGAUGCCGCACUACAGACGCUUGAUCCAGAACUCCUAGCACUGGCUGCCCUGCUGGGAAGGGGCUCCGGACUGUUCCCACCUGGCUCUCCUGAGCUGCAGUUACUACUGGAAAUGCAAAAUCAGACUCCUAACACUUCACUCUCUCCCUCUCCAAACCAGUUUUUUUCAACAACUGAUGGGAAGACGCUGCGUUGACUUAAGACUUGGCUUUGACAAAUUUAGAUGUCGUUACUUUCUCAAAGCAGGUGGAGACUGAGAUGUUGGUACAUGGUUAAUGUGCUGAAACUGGAUGGCAACUGACCCUACCAGCGGGGACUGCAGACCUACAAGCUACCUGUCAUCAGUCGUACAAAAGCCUGAGGGGCAGCCUCUAUUGCCACCCCUCUCUCAAUCACACAAACCCUGAAAGCCCACUUGAGUGCAUUCUCGUAGUGCUUUUUCUACAGACCUGCUGCAACUCACAAAAGGACUCCUUAACGUUGUGAAAAAGAAAAAAAAAAAGAAGCUUUUAAAGAGGAUAUCUUCACUGUGUCAAAAAGAAUGUGCCAAUCUAUUUUUGUAUCAGCAAUUGAAAGUGCACUUUUUCCUGUGGGGUGUUUGUGUGUAGAUGUGUGUGUGUGUGCGCGAUGCAGACCUGACCUGUGUCCAUGUGGGUGGCUUUGCUGUUUCAGCCUGUAUUGGUUACUGAGGGGGAAGAUCAAGGUGACCUUACGCGGUUUUACUUGUUGAAAAGCGUAACUACUGGAAAAGCGGUAAAUGGGAUCAUUUUUGGA